AUGGUCGCACGUUUCACGUGGACGGCUCGCAAAGGGUUGGGUGGACCUGAAGUGAACGGAGAACAAACAGACGCAUUGUUGUCAGUCACGGACUUCGCGUGUUUGCAACAAAGAUCUUCAGCACUUGACUUUCAUUCUUCAUUGACGCAAUUUCCGCCAUUGCUUUUUGACAUGACAAUGACGACCACGACGAAGAUACACCCGUUGGUUCGAGAUUUGUACAAACGAGCCCUCAUGGUGGGACGGGACUAUCCACAAGGAUUGGAUUAUGUGAGGGAAAAGUGGAAGACGGCUCUGCGAGAUCCCAACAAUUGUCCUUCCUGGUAUUCAUCGUCAUCAUCAUCGAUAUCCAAUACUACGUGUAGUAAUGUUGAGACCGAGGCCCUCAAGGAGCGAGAAAUGCGUCGUGCCGUGGCCAAAGGACGAUUCAUGAUUCGAGAAAUGGUGGGAGUCAUUCAACUCAAAAAGUAUAGAACCAUGAAACGACGAUAUGCAAGUGACGACCGGUACGAGGAUACUGCAGUACCGGUACUGCAAAGAGCCAUGGAAAAUCUGGAAGAAGAAAAGGUUCCGUGACUGUGAGCACAAAUAAUAAAUCAAUCCUCUCAUGAGUGGAUUCCACAUCGCUCACUCGAAAAUUUCGACAACCAGAUGUACGCUGCCCAGCAAGAAAGAAGACGCACUCGACUACGAUGCCAGAUUGACCGCCGUCAAAGUCUCGUGGCUUGUCCAAACAGAUUCUUCAAUGGUCAAUCCACCGGCAACGACAGGCAAUCGAACGGAGUAAAAUUGUUGGAUGCACUUUUCAAUAAUCUCACCUGGACGAUGAUCACAUCCAAGUGAUAGUAGGCUCCGGCAACUGUCGAACAAUCAACCCAGCCAACAGAAGAUUCGGGGCUGCAAUAAUAAUAGCAGC